AUGCGAAACUAUGUUCGCCGGGAUGUCGUCCCUUCACAUCGACUACCAUUCCUGGUCCCGACCACCACUCUAGUUACAAAUAUGCCGUCCCUCGUGGCCAGAGCGCCCGAGUCAUCGGAAUCCGGGACCACCAAUGGUGCCAAGCCCACCAGCAAUCUGACCACCACAGUCUUGCCCGUCGUCCUCGGUGCAGGUGUUCCCAUUCUAUGUGCCAUCGUCGUCCUCAUUGUUCUUCACCGGAGACACGUCAAGAAACUUCUACGGGAAGAUGCAAUGGAUAAACAUAAAUCCCUCGAUUUCGGAAUGGAUACAGUUGGACCUGCCACGAGGAGGAAAGGUGGACAGGGAGGAAUGCCCCCAAUGUCGGAACCAGGUCAUACCAAGGGAUUGUCCCUUGACGUCAGUCCUUAUCUGAUGCCUCCCGGUUUGGUCGGCUCGCGGGAUUCUUUGCACUCCAUGUCAAUCGAUGAUGACAAGUAUCGCCCUGCCACUGCUACUGGCUCUGUUCGGUCGUUCCCCAGGGGACCUCUUGAUGAUGCCUCGAGCUUUACGGGCUCCCGAUUUGGACCUGCCGAGGAUUCGAAUUCAGGUCUUCUCAAGAAUGCCCAGAGGAUGUCUCGUUCAUCCCCACCGCUUUACAGUUCCCCCACUGAAUCCCAUGCGCGCAGCCCCAUUAGUCCGCGCAAUCAAUCCCCCCAUCAUGGGCUGACACCCCCUGCCCCUGUGGCUCAACCUGGCUUGGCCAUCGGGAGUCCUAGUGCCGACAGGAGUGGCUCUCCCGAAUUCCUGCCCCAUGUGGAUGCCACUCCUCUCAAUUUCGGUCUGGACGAGCCUCAUGGCACCAGCCCGCAUGAAGGACGCCUCAACUUCCCGCUCCCUGAGCCUUCGCAAUCACCUGAACACGACCAGGUCUCUGCCCAGCUUCCUCGUAUCUCCCUGCCGGUCAGCGAUGUGACGAUGAGUGACUAUGGCGACCGCAAGUCGGACUACAAUCUCCCCGCGGUCAACCUCCAUGGCUCAGAAGAUGAGCCCCACGAUGCCCACAAGGAACCCGGACUCCCAGAAGAACCUCACAACCUGGAUCCGGUAUAUGAUUCCCACCGUGACACCCGCCGAUUGACCCUCGGUGUGCGCCCUCUGCCCCCAGAGGACCCUGCCGACAAUCCCGAGCAGCGUGCCAACCGGAUCCGCUCCUUUUACAAGGAGUAUUUCGAUGAGAGCAAGACCGGUCGCGAGACCACGUACUACGAGGACUUUGGGCCCGAGUUCUACGAGGGCGGCGGCGGUGCCGGGGGUUUCAUCUAUGACCCUGUCACAGGCGAAUACUAUGACGCGGCGGCUCCUCCGGUUCCUGCUCCUUACGCUGCGCCCUAUACACGCCGGGCCAUGACACCACCACCUCGGGCUCCCCCUCGCUUCCAAGGCGCCGCCCGUCACCAGGCCACCAACUCCGCCGGCUUCAAUGGCAUGCCCAGCCCGCGAGCCUUCCCAUCUGCCUCGGGUCCCCGUGCCUUUUCAUCCGCCUCCAACCACCCCGGUGCACGCGGUCGUAAACCCAUGCCUCCUCCAGCCCCGCUGCAAGUGCUCCCUACCCCACACAUGUUGACGGACGAUUCUCUCAUGACGGCCAUGGACUUCGCCCCCGCGCACGGAUUCAAGGAGCGUCGUGACGGUCGUGCCGAGACUCCGACUGGUGGUAUGCGCCCGUACAGUCCCGCUGUCCGCGCCCACACCCCACUCGUCUCCGCCUUUGACGAUCUAGCUGUGAUGCCUAGCCCCCACGCGCUGCGCAAGUCUGGCACGUACACCAAUCUGGACUUUGUGCCGCCGCCGCGGUUCAAGAACGAAGGCGGCGGUGGUAGUGACGCAGGUAGUGUCCGUAGUGCUCGGAGCGGUGUCUCCGCGGCGCACCAAAACAAUAUCCGCAUGGGUAAUUAUCGCGUUAGCCGUUUGCCGCCGCAGGCAGUUGGCACCAGGGAUGACAUGAUGACUAGCUUGCGUCCCAACUGGGAUAUGGUUAACAACAAAUAA